UGAUAUCGCUAUAUGCAGAUACACAGGAUCACUUUGUAGGCUCAAUCCACGUGGUUACGGUUCGCACAGAGAAAAAGAGGAUCCAAGAAAGCAAGCUCAGACUGAAGAGGUGCAAGCCACGUUGCUACAUGUAUGCGGACGUGCAAGCUGUGCUGGGCACAAGGCUCUCUAGGAAGUCCUGGCGACGGUGCCAUGGGGGAGCGCUGUUUGGGAAGCGAUUUUGGGCUAUCUCCAGCUGCGACAGCUUGGAAUCAGCCGCCUUGUGGUGACUGGAGAGACUGAAAGGGGCUCGAUGAAUGGAGACAUAUUGUAACAAAGGGAUGUUAGGUGGAGACCCAGUCAAGCAAACUAAUGACUUGAUUAGUGUACCCUGCCGCGUUCGUCAGAACACGCAAUUUGGCCAAGAUACACGGGGAGUUUACUUACAACAGUCGCAGACAAUGGAUACAUUGAAGCGGUUGUGUAUCCUGCAGAACGAAUGUGUCGGACGGAGAGAUAAGUAUUGUGUCGUGCUGCAGUCUAUCGACGAAUCUCCAGCAGUCCGAUGGAUUAAGGGCAAUCCUGUACAGUAGAGAGGACGAAGCAGCCUUGCCGUCGCAUCGACCAUUUUCGAGUCCUGAGGCGUCGUCCUGGCGAUACCAGGAUAGUCACGCUUCAAGCUUGUCAUGCAUGAAGACGCCCGUACUCUUCGCUGCGAGACACGCCGAGGCGUUCUCUCUUCUCCUCGAUUUAUCCCAUUUAUAGGUGCCGUCCGCCAUCCGUCCGCCAUUCCCCUGGUACACACGCGUACACCGUGAAGUUCAGCAAAGAUGCCUUCAUCUCGCAACAGGACGAUUUUGACCAUGGAUACGCAGGAUUCGCCCAAGUUGACAAUGGCAUACGUGGCGUGGACCUGGUGCUGCGCGAACACCGCCGCGUUUUCGUCUUGCAUGAUGUGCUUGCCUUGCCGACCUGACAGCCUAUCAGUGACAGGAGGAUCUGCUGACGCGCGAAGUGCUCAGUCAUCUCCCCACCCAGCCUCCUGCCUGCCGCGUGUGUGGAUAACCCACAGGACGCCAGCGUAGCGAACGGAUUUUGAUCUGGAGCAGCGCGAUCGAGCGAUCGCCGGCAGGUUACUCCGCGGAUACAUUGUCUGCGACGUGUUCCAGCAAGAUGCUCGAUGGCGAAGAAGUCAGGAUAGAGCGAGCAAGGACGCGCGGACGAAGGCCACAUCAGCGUUGGAGCCGCGCGCGUAUUGUUACCAGCUUGUACGUGGAAGUAUCCUGACAGGAUUUUUGUAUCCUGAGCUGGCCGAUGAGAAAUUGCGCUGAGUCGGCGGCUGAGAACUAGCGUCCUGCAAAUGGCAGCGCGGCGGCAACAUUAUCCUAGCCACCGCGACAGUAGUGAUACGGCUCCAAUUGCCAACUGCUUCAACUCGGCCGAACGCAUGUGGACGAGCCGACCACUGAAACGAGCAAUUUUCGCCCAGUCGACUUGGGAUAUCAUUCGCCGGCAAUAGCGUCCUCGUUGCAAAUUGAGAGACGCUGCGUUAAAAUCUGUCAACCAACACGAUUGCUCUUGGAAUUUCUGUCUCGUGUGCAUACAGCGCAAUGUGGCGCAUGUAUGCUGGCGCGGAUGCUUACUUUGGUAGUCCGGGGAAUCAAGCAUUGCCAUCGCCACUUUCGAGCCAUGAGCAUCAACUUCAAUGCCGUAGAUCGGUGCCCCGUUGCUGGCCAUGAGGUGUCCGGUGACGCGCUGAAAUGAUACUGGACCCAUCUGGAGCGUAGCGUUUAGAGACCGGGCGUGUUUUCAAAUGCAAGCAGUGCUUGCCAUUGUGCUUGGCAAGCCUCUGCGCGCCGCGUUCCAGUGCGGACCUCGUGCGUUCAGCGGCAUUAGCGACAUGAGCGAUGCAUUGAGCUGUGUGCCUGUACAAGUACGAGCGGUGUAGCAUGAAGGUAUUGCUGUGGCGGCAACGUUGCCAUUGCCUGGGGCAAUUAAGCCAUCCCAGCUUCCACCUAACGCACCAACGCACCGAGUGAUACGAACGCGCUGUCUGGUAUGGUGGACACGAUUGCUGGCUCACACGCGCUGUCCGAGGUGCAGUCGAUAGGUCGAUUCCCGUUCGAUAUUGUUUAUGGUGGGACGCGUGCCGCUCAGGCGUAGUGGCCGUGUCUGCGGCACCAAAUGCUGCAUUUGAAUGUCCCCGGCAGUGGUGACAGACACCCAUAGCUCGACAACUGUUAGCUACACUAGGCUGGUGCUGUUACAGCCCUGCGCUGCGAUCCAAAUUACUCGCAGCCAUUGCGACGGGAUCCGCUCUCGAAGUCUCCUGAAGAGAGGGUCUACGGUACGUGCUUUGCGUGUGAGCACAGAGAGUGAGCCUCACACUGAAACGAUUCAAGUGUCCCAGGCCGGGAAUAUCGAACGUGGACGGGAGGCUCGCGGCGCAAAGCAGGGCUGGACGGCAAGUAAUUUGUCGUCUCGUACCGGUCAAUCUGCCGCAGAGCGGGUGAUAUCUCGGACCUGGUCUACAGUCUGGAAUGUCAAGAUCGGCCUGCUAUCUUGCUUUGUAGCGGGGUUAACUCGGGCUUUAUCUGCCCCUAUCGCGGGGGUUUACGAUUGCAACUCGGCCGAUCUGUUUAGCCUCUGCUCGAGAGCGUCAUCUCCGCGAGGCAACACCGCGCUGAUAAGCUCUCGGAAGAGGGAGAGGCGCUUUGCGCAGCGACAGGGAACGCGGCCAAUCCGGAGGGAGCCGCCUGCGCAGCCAGACGCGCUCGGCUCGAGUUUUGUGUCAGUUGAAGAUCUUCCUCGCGCGUGCAAAGUGCUGGAACGGGCACUACCGAAGACAGGCAAACAGAUCGCAGCAUGUCCUUCACCAACAUGGUUGAGAGUGCCGCGAGCGAGUGGACGCAGCCGCAGAUGGAGGAAGUCAAGCCUGCGCCCGAAGGCCGCGGGAUCUGGUCGCCCGAGGAACAUCGUCUCUUCGUAGACGGCAUCAAGAUGUUCCCGUCGGGGCCUUGGAAGGACAUCGCUAGCCACGUGGGUACGCGUACAGCGCGCCAGACCAUGACCCACGCGCAGAAGUACCGUCAGAAGAUCGCGCGGAGACUGCGCAAUGUGCGCAUGAGCGGUAAGCACAACUUGCCCUUCCUCAUGGACCAGGCCUCGCGCUUCAACGCUCUUCUCAGUAGCGACGAACAGUUCAACGAUUCGAUCCUGGCCACGUCGCUGGCCAUCGCAGCCGAACAGGAGCUCGACAUGCUAGGCGAGACGGGCGAAGGCAACGCGUCCCCCUCAAUGCAGAUGCAAAUGCAGAUGCAAAUGGGCAUGAGCCCCAGCGCCGCCCAGGCCAACGUCAUGAUGGAGCCCAUGGCCCCCAGCAACACGUACCAGAAGCAGUUGCCGCUGGCAAUAGACUUCUCCUCCACGGAAGGCAACCCGUACUAUUUGGACGGCCCGUCCUUCGAGCCCAGCGAUAUCGAAUUCGACAAGUGCAUGGACUUCUUGAUCGAAACCUUCCACCGCGAGACCUGAGCGGGCUGCAGAUGCGGUGGACCAAGUCGCUGCUGCUCUCCGGGAUCGAAGUGUAUUUAUUUGAUGAGACCCGGCGGGUGGGCGGUGGCUGUGGACUAGAGAGGAGGAGCGCGGGCGAGGCUAUUAGUGUUGGUGUGCCUCGCGAGCGAGAAGAAUUGUUUAAACCCAGUAAUAUAUUAUGGUAAAGAACCAUCCUUUUGAACGAACA